GUAAUCUUUGUACUCAAGUGGCCUCUAUUAUUAGUCUGUAUUAGUAGAAGCGUUUUGGAAUGCUACGGUGUAAUUUUUUACGCGUUAGGGAAACAGCUCUCUACGAGUUUGUUGACGCAAACCUCCUCCAUAACAAACGUCCGCCUGUUCCAGGUGGUGCAUGGCCGAUUGGGAGCUUGCGCAACAAGAGUCUGGCUGAUCUCCAGAAGAUCUGGCAGCUUCUUGUGAAAGAGCUCAACAUGCUUUCUAGUUCCAAGGAGCACUACCUUAGGCAUCAGGAGGCGCUUGGAGCGAUGCCGGCUCCAUCACGGCUCAAAAUGAUCGAGGAAUCCAUGCUUAAUAUCAAAUCGGUUAUCAAGGAGCGUGAUACCGAGGCGGUUGCGCGUGCUACUGCCAUCUUCAAGGAGCGCCUCAGAGACGGUGUCUACCGAUAUCCGCCAGGGCCCCUGCCUCCGCCUGGGGCACACAACCCCUGCAGUAUCGUGAAGGUUCGGCUCAGCAAACGCAUCGACCCAAGUCGGCUUAGGGAACUCUUUGGGCGUUAUGAUAUCUUCGAACCCCAUAAGGGUAUUGUGAAUCUUGAGAUCAAACUCUCUGAUGAGACUUUGGAACGCAAGCGCGAGGCGGAGCAGCAAUGGCAGCAGUACCAAAUAGAGUGUAGCGACACAGCCGAAUAUCGCAAGUGGGAAUCACUCGAAUUUAGUGUGUAUGAUUACACCGCUGUGGAGUUUGCUCCGGGCGUCUCGCUAGCGGCAGGUGCCGGGUCCACACAACAAGGCGUCUCAGCAACAAUGAAAUUUCAGAUCCCACAUAAAGGUAACGAACAUACGUCGGAGGGCGAAACAGAUCUGAUGUCUACCGACAAUCCGAUGCUGGCGGUCGACAGUGAUGUAUGUCCCAUCUUUGUGGCUGCACAACUCCCUGUACCGGUGCCAAAUCAAGCUCAUAAGCUCAAUGGCUCACGGAGUCACAUCUCGUGCGAGCGGCGAUCAGCCUUAAGUAAUGCAGUCAUCCAGCUUGGCUACUUUCCAAAUAUUACGUUGCAGCCGACUUGUAAGCAGUGUGUGUCUGAUAUCGAGAGGCCCACGCAUACUGAUGAAAUUGAAGGACCCUGGGAAGCACUAGUUACUUACGACAGCCAGGAUGGUCUCGAGUAUGCGAAAUCGCUUAAUAUAACUGCUAUUGAUGGCGCGAAGAUUCUAGGGCUGGAAGCGGUGCCAAAGGAGCCGGAGCCCUAUUCUGAAGCUGAUCCGAUGUAUCAAGAAGCUAUGCGACGCGAAAUGGCACAGGAAGAGACGCAGCACAAAUGGCCCCACGUGCCAACAUGGAGAUACAAAUACGACUUGUUCACUAAGAAGAAUCUUAGUGAAAUAGUGCAAUUUAAUUAUUCGAAUGUAGUGGAUUAUGUUAACCGUGAGGUGCUGCUCACAGGGAGAUCGGUCUGGGAAUGCCCUAUUGACAUUGACCCAACAUGUGGCGGCAUGAAGUCAAUGCCGGUGCACGCCCAAAAACCAAAGGAAUGCAUGACACGGGGCAUUGAUGAUGUAGGAGUAACGGAUCUCUAACGAAAAUUCAUACAUGCAUAAAUAGAGGUUUAUCUGACCUUUUCGCUUUUACCUUAAACCCUUUAUUGCAGUGGGACCUUCUGCUGGUCCUUAUGAAAUCACAAACUUGGUAACUCUCUUACUUUAAUGAAAAGGGUGCGUAGAGGAUUCUCGAUUUGAAAAGAUAAAGCCCGUAA